CAAGCGUCUGGCGAUGGUUCUGCGGGCGGUGCUGGUGAUGCGCCCCCUGCUGAACCAGCAGCUGAGCAUCGUCCUGCCGGCGCUGGUGAACUUGGUGGGCGUGAUGUCCGAGACCCACCCGGAGCGCGACGACCUGGAGUGGCACCUGGCCUGCCUGCGGACCAUCAGAGGCCUUACCUCGGGCGGGGCGCUCUCCCACGUGCCCUCCCUGGCCGCGAACCUCGUCCACGCCUUCGUCAAGCUCCUCUCCGUCACCGGCGGCGGCGGGACCGACGCCCUCGCCGCAGACAGCGGUAGGCACCCCGCCGCCGCUGCUGGCAAGAAGAUGGAUUCCUCUUCUGGCGGGAUAAGCCUCCCCCAGCACCUGUGGGGGUUCAUCGGCGGGGCUAGCUUGGUCCCCCCGUGGGACUUGGGAGGGGGGGGCAGGAGCAACAGUAUUAGGGAAGAUGGGUCGCCCGCGAGGCGCGGAAGGAGGGGGGGCGUGCAGCGGAGGAGGGGGGAGUCGCUGGGCGCCAUGGAGGACCACAAUCGGAACAGCACGGGCAGCAGACCUGGCAUCGGGAGGGGGGUAGGCAUGGAGAGUGAUUUGGCCGCCAGGGAGGAGAUGGCGCGACAGCAACGACGUCGGCUUGACUCUUUGCAGGACGCGGGGAUGGAGGUUCUCACCAGCGUAGCGACGCAGCUCGGUAACCGAUUCUUCAUGUUCGAGGGCAUGGCCGACAACUUCCUUGACGGUGCCGGGGCCAGCGAGCAGGCGGCGAGGUACCGCCAGCUGGUGGAGCGCCUCAAGGCCGACGCCGCCGCCAGUACGGUGACCAUGGCUCCCCCCUACGGCGCCAACCCCCCCACCUGGGGCUCCGCGAACCCCUCACCCAACCCCUCCCCCGGCCGCGGCAGUGAUUACGGCACCAGGACCGCGUACAUGCUGCCCCCCAACGGGGGCAAGAGUUGGAUGUCGGGGGCGCUUCUGAGGGGGGGUAUGGGGGGUCGUGGGGGGGCGGCGGCGGCGGCGGCGGCAGCAGCGGAGACGAUAGGAGCGGGGGCGGCGGCGGUGGGAACGAUGGGGACGUUGGCAGCGACGGCGGAGGGGAAGGGGCGGUGA